AUGGCCACUGUCUCCUCUCUCCGGCCCCAAUGGACCGAUCCCCCAAGUCCACGGUCAGACAUCGAUGUCCCAUUCGAGCUGACUAGCUCACUGGCUCCGCCGCGGGAACUCAAAGCUGCAGGCACAACAUCUCUUUCUUUCGAUGGGCUCUUGAAGGACCCGCUUCUUUUGAAGGAGGAUUUGAAGGAGGGCUGUGGUGGACAGCUAUGGCCGGCCGGAAUGAUAUUGGCUGAAUAUCUGCUUCGUCGACACUCUUCUCAGCUUUUGAACAAGUCCAUGUAUGUCUGCAUUCACCCCUCUAGGAAGCCACUUUCAUUAACAACGGGCAGUGUAGAGCUUGGCGCCGGCGGGGGAUUAGUGGGCCUUGCCAUUGCUCGGGGUUGUCAGAUCAGCCCACCUAUCCAUAUUACCGAUCAAGAACCCAUGUAUUCUUUGAUGAGGGAAAACAUCCAGCUAAAUGGAUUGGGAUCAAGCGUCGAGGCUUCGGUGCUAAAUUGGGGCGAACCUAUCCCGGAUCAUAUUCCGCGCAGACCUGAAGUGAUCCUGGCAGCCGAUUGUGUCUACUUCGAGCCGGCUUUUCCCCUUCUUAUUACUACCCUACAAGAUCUUCUCGGUCCAGACUCGGUUUGCUACUUCUGUUUCAAGCGACGACGACGUGCAGAUUUACGCUUCAUGAAGGCGGCUAAGAAGGCGUUUCAUGUGGAGGAGGUCCAGGAUGACCCGAACGCCCACUCAUAUAGCAGAGAAAACAUUUUUCUUUACAGGAUACGAGCCAAGCAUACAUGA